AUGAGCAUGGCAACGACACCAGCAGCUUGUCCGAGCUGCGUGUUCGGCGCGACGUCGACAAGCGUUCUAUCCUUCAGCUACCAUGCCGUGGAGACCAUAACAGUCAGCGUUAUCCCGCAUGUCACGAUCUACACGAAUGGAACGGAGAAGACCAGCUUCGAAUCGAUCACCGAAACCAACACCGACUACGUGGGAUCAGGGAGCAACACCACCAGACCGAAGACGUUCACAGACAAGAACGAUAUAACUUGGACAGUUGGAGAUGCCACCCUAACUUACCCAACUACAUAUGUCCAGUAUCUUGGGUUCGAGGGAGCUCCAGCGACCACCGAGGAUGGCGAAACCUGUGCCGAGCCAACCGAUGCCUCUGCAGUGGAACUACCCAGCAGUACCGAUAUGGCAUCGUUUAUUUACCCUCUGGAAGCCAAUGCUACCGGCGGGAUGCUGCUGCCAACAGCUCUGCUGGAUUACCUAGCCCAACUACCAGAGGUGUCCUCGCAAUUCUUUGGAGAGCCUUUGACGGGAUGCGCGCCGCUUACAUGGACUCCACUAGCGUCCGCGAGUGCAUCGGCCACGGGCCCUUCGUCGAGCACUACUUUGGCCUACACCUCAAGCGUAUCUGUCCCGCUAGGCACUGGCUCACUGCCGCUGCCUCAAACGACCAUGCCCACCUCGUCUGGUGCACCAUAUCCCUCAUCAGGGGUGUACAGCGUCCCAGAGCAGAGCAGCAGUCGGUCAGGCAACUAUACCUAUAUCACCACCAGAAUCAGGCCUACCAACACCUUGCCAGAUCAGGAGCCCUCGUCGCAAGCUCCAGCUCCCUACGAAAGCGAUACACGGACAACAGUGGCGCCGUCGCCAGCUCCUCCAAAACCUCCACCAGUGAACCCCCACAACCCACUUCCAGGAUCUUACGGUGUGCCCGUGUCUUCGGUAAUCGCCAGCCACCCAUCGCCACCAGCAUAUUCUACGGAGUCUAAGACAACUGCCCCAAUUGCCCAACACACGACAGCUUUCGUCAUCUCUGCCGUUACAGGUCCCACGACGUAUACCACUAUCAGUGGACCGCAGGGCCAGCAUACCAAAGACCAUGGGAAGGGGCCAGAUGGCUAUACCACGACCAAGGGAGGCCACGAGCCUGGCUCAACCCCGAACCCGAGUGGAGGCAAGCCGCAUGAUAAACCACAUGACGAGCCGCAUGACGAACCGCAAGAUGAACCACACGAUGAACCACAUGAUGGACCCCAUGACCAACCCCAAGACGAACCGCACGACAAACCGCAUAAUGGCCCGCAUCACACUGGUGAGGAUGGUACACCGACACAACACCCCCAGGGCCCUCAACACACCGGUGGCAAUGAUGCGCCAACACAAGUGCAUCACACUGAUAGUCCUCAACAUACUGGAGGCUCUGAACAUGUCUCUCCAGCAGACCACGGCGACAAACCUCACCAUACUCCUCAGGUGUACACUCACGGUCAUACCUCUGUCACUGCCGGCCGAGGCGGCGCUGUUGUCAUAGGCUCCAAGACCGUACGCCCGGGACACAAGGUCACCAUCGGCUCUGGCCCAUCUACCACUAUCGUGGCGCUGGAGAGACAUAGUGGGCACACAAGAUUAGUUAUGGGCGGAAGCACUUACCAUCCUGUGCCGCAACACGUGGCUGUCACACCUACACCUGGAGGACAGCAGAAACCGCAUGUGUCUGCUGGUGUGGUCACCACAAAUGGGCAUACUAUUACUGCGAUCCGCUCGGGCAAGUCGAUGAUCAUUGCGGAAGGAUCUUCUACAACGACUGUCCGUCCUGGCGGCAAGGCGACGUUUGAAGGGCAGACUUUCAGUGUUCCGCACAGAGGUGGAUCGAUUGGAGUGAAUGGAGAUGGUGUUCAGCUUACAACCGGCGAUGGUUCGCAAGCUACUAUUUCCGCUGGAGGGCAUAAGUUCACAGCCGUUGACGCAGGCAAGUGGGUCAUCUUCAAAGACGGUUCAUCCAGGAUCAUCGUCAAGCACGGCUCGCAGACCAAAUUUCACGGCCAGACGGUCAGUGUUGCUCCCAGUGGCACUGCAGUUGUGAUCAAUGGCAGGACCACGACUUUGUCAGUUGGCGGGAAGACUACAGCAACUGAGUCACUUGUCGUCACUGCCGGGGGCCACACGAUCACUGCCCUAGACAGGUCUGGCUCUGUCGUUCUCAAGGAGUCUUCCUCCACCGCUACCGUGAAGGAUGGCCGAGAUGCGACCUUCGCCGGGCAAACGAUCAGCGUCAUGCCAAAAGGCAGCGUACUAGUCGUCAAUGGCAAGACAACAUCCUUCGGAGCCUCGAAAACCAGCACGGAUGUUGGAAGCUACAUUACCGGAGGCCUUGGCCAUGGCGCCGGAUCGUCGCCGGGCCCUUCAGCAACGCCUGCGACUGGUGCGGCGUCCUCACUCGGGUCGAGCAGCCUAAUGGGCACACUGGGCGCUGGAUUGCUUGCGUUUAUCGGCAUGGUUGCGAUCUUGUAG